GUUGGCCUCCAAGUCCUUUAGAUGCAGGGUGUUGUGACAGUUUUAUAAUUUAAUACUUAUUAUAUAUACCUGGGUGGUUUAACUAUAUUGGUUGAGACACACUUUGCAUACACAGCCACUGAUACAUACUUAGACCAUAAUGUAUCGCUUUCGUACUUUUGGUGAAUCUACAACAUGGAGUUUGACACCGAGCGUCUGAUACGGGAGGAACAAGUAAGUGCUCCCUGUAUUGUAUGAAUACAAUGUAGGAUGAAUAACCAUGAUAAUCUGGGAAUUCCUAAAUUAUCUGUAAAUUUUAUUUGAUCAAAUGAUAACAGUGAGUCUCCACACAACCGUGUCUGAUUACUAGUUUUCAUAUUGCUGUCGUAUUGCUUUUAUUGUACUGUUUCAUGUAAAUAUAUCUACCCAUCUAUAGCCAUUACUAAUGAUGUAAAUACAGCCAAAGUAAACGUGAAAUAAGCAAAGAAUACUGUACCUACAUACAUUUGAUGACGUCACAUAUUUGAAGGAAACCUGUUGGGCAAUAUACCUAUAUGCUACAAUGAUCUUUAUACCUACACUCUAAAGUGAGCGGGGAUAGAAAGAAUCUUACUUUUUCUUCAUUAUUGCUUAAAACGUGCUCGAUUGAACAAAAUAUUAUCUAAGUAUCUAUGUUAUGUUACUGAAUUUCUAUAAAGUAUACUUACAAGAUGAAAAUAAGUCCUUUGACCAAAUUUACUUAAAUUAAUUUACACUGAGAUAUAUUUAUAGGUAUCUGCUUUUUAGAAAAUGUAUAAAUUUAAGGCCACCAAAUUAUUGGGAUUUCACGAGCAAAUUUGCAGUGUUUCGUCACCUGACAGUGGCAUUGGAACGUUGCAGAACAGCGUAAGUCCGGUCAUGUUGUAUAAUCUUUUAAACUAUUUACUCAAUCGGGUGUAAACUUAAUGUUUAUUCCGAUUGGUGAAACAAUACUUUUCAUUCAAGACAGACGCAGACUAGGCGCGAAAAGCCCUCAUAAAAUAUGUAAAUGUAAUGCCCUCAGAAAAUUACUAAAUAUCCUGCUCGGUUCUUUUUUGGGUGUUUGUAUUUGUAUAGGUAUUGAAGUAGCCCACGAAAAAUUUUUACCUAUAAAAUUGUUAAUUACAAUGUUGAGAACUUUUUGUAAGAAAAGUUACAAAAUUAAUAGGUAUACGGGUUAAAACGUGUACUAAAUUAAUUUUCUGUGACGGACGAAGACAAUUAAUUAUAUUGGUCACAACUGUGAAGGUGCACUUUUGGGGUUUUAUCGCAGAGCCUUUCUGUCCGGUCGGACUAUCAAAUCUGGCUAUUUUAAUUUUUCAAAUGUUUUUAUAUAACCUAUUCUUUGAAACACAACCGUUUUGAAGCACUCUUUCUAGAAACCAAAAGCUGGGCUUCGAGCAAUAGGUAUCUCUUUUAUAUAUUAUUAUAGGUAUUAUUAUACUUACUAAGUAUGAUAAAUACAUAGCAGUACCGAAUACUAUCAAUCUUCAUAAGUAAACUACCUACAGCAUCCAUUCAAAAUUCAUCCCAUAUGUAUUCAUAAGGGCUCCAUUCCAUUCAUUCUGGUUCCAUCCUCAGAAUGAAAAAAGAAUUAAAAAGAAUUGUGCGGGUAUACCUACAACUAAACCGUAAAUUAAAUAUUUAUGAAGUACAUAAACACAUUUACAUAAAUGUCUUUCUCUUUUGCGAAAUGACACUAAAACAUGGGCCGAUACAUUCACGUGUCAAAUCAAAUUACUAAGGUAUUUCUAUAAUUUCAUAACAUCCGUCCAGUAGAUUUCGCGUGAAAGGGUAACAAACAUCCUCAUAAACUUUCGCAUUUAUAAUAUUAAUAGGCUUCAAAAAGACGAAAUAUAAUUAUAGAUAUACUAUUUAUUUAAUAAUCUUUAAGAAUAAAAUGCGCAGUUAACCUCUACACUUUCGCGCCUUAAAUCAUUAAGAAUACAAUGAGUGUCUGCCAUUAAUUCCGAUUUCUCCGUAACGGACCACUUGCUUUUCUCUCACUAUUUCACUCAUCCAAUUACAGAAAUGUCAAAUUGGAGGUAUUGUUAUACCAAAUGGAAACUCCAUGAAAUAUUGGAAUAAAUCGGCCGGUUUGGCAACCUGGUCUUGCACGAGUUCUGACGGCGGCGGUGGCACUGUCACCUGGGAGCUCUGUCGCAAGUGGCGCCCGCGCAGUUGCGGCUUCACAUCUUGUGAAAUGGUCGUAUCGGAACCUAUAUUAAAUCCUACCUAAACCAAAUGGGUUUUGUUCGUCGGGAAAAAUCCAGUGAAACGGCAGUAACAGCAGUUAUUGAUGACCUGUACAAAUUACAGGUCCUUCAUUAUGUAUGCCAAAUACGACUAACAUGACACACUUGUUGAGGCGCGUGAGUUAGUCCGCGAAAUUCACAUGUGUUUUCGAAGGAAGUCUGAGGAUAGGUUUAUAACACCAGAACCAUGGAGUGGAUCAAAAUAUCAGUGAUAAUUUGCGUGUUUUGUGUUCUAAAGUGCUCUUCAAUGUCUAACAGUGAACUUGAAGAUUUUGUUGAAUUUCUACAUAAAACUUCACGUUUGGACCAGGUUUUGAAAAAAGGUGCAGAACCUGAUGAGGACUAUGACGAAGAGGAGUCUAUAAUAUCAGACAACGCGUGGGAAGAGAGUGGGAAGUUCGAAGGAGAUCUUAUCUUGAACGACCGGCAAAGACGAGUUAUCGUGGAAGACGUCGCAGAAGGACUGUCGCGAAAUGGACUUAAAGACACCACCAAACGGUGGCCUAAUAACGAAGUUAUAUAUUACAUACAAAAAGAACACUUUUCCCAAGACCAAAUGCAAGCUAUCCAAGAUGGUGUAGAUGAUCUAGCUCAAGCAUCUUGCGUGAAGUUCCGACCAUAUCGGAAAGGAGAUAGAGAUGCUGUCGUCAUACAGGGUAGUAGACGAGGGUGUUUCUCUCAAGUGGGUUACCAAGGAGGCUACCAAGUUCUCAAUCUGAACGCUCGACACCCGCCGGGGCGCGGGUGCUUCCGCCACGGGACCGUGGUACAUGAAUUUCUUCAUACACUCGGCUUCUACCACAUGCAGAGCAGUAACGACAGAGACGACUACGUCGAUAUUGUAUGGGACAAUAUUGUUCAAGCGGCAAGAAACAAUUUCCGCAAAUACAAUUCCUUCUCUGUCACGGACUUCGGCGUUGGGUACGAUUACGACAGCGUUCUCCACUAUAGCCGGCGGGCUUUCUCUGUCAACGGGCAGGACACCAUCGUUCCUAAACAGGGAGGAGCAGAAAUUGGCCAAAGAGCCGGACUAUCCGAUAAAGAUACUAAGAAACUGAACAGAAUGUAUUGCGAUGCCAAUGAAGCCGAUGAUGAGGCGCCACAAAAGACUGUUACAAAGAAGAAAACUCCAAAAAAUAAACCCUUUCAAGGGCAUGGUAUAGGCUACCACCAAGUAAAACGACGCAAGCCGUGCCGACGCCGAAAAUUGAAGGACUUGGAAGACAAAUAGAACAUACAUACAGACCACCUCAGCCACUGGCUGACAACUAUUUCAAAAAUCUUUAUCAAAAAGUUUUUCCAGACAACUUCUACAAUAUUGAUCGAGAAGGUAAGGCUAUUGUAAGAUAUAUUCCAAAAGAGAGUACAAAU